AUGCUGAAACAGAUAUUAUCAGACAUGUACAUCGAUCCAGAGCUGCUAGCAGAACUCAGUGAGGAGCAGAAGCAGAUCCUCUUCUUCAAGAUGAGGCAGGAACAAAUCAGACGGUGGGAGGAAAGAGAAGCUGCAGCAGAAAAGACUUCAGCAAAGAAGACACUGCCAAGAAAAGCCAACAGGAAGUCAGUGACAUGGAAACUAGGCGCUGACAAUGAAGUGUGGGUCUGGGUGAUGGGCGAGCAUCCUUCAGAUAAAUCCUAUGCAGCCAUCUGUGAAGAAAUCCAGGCACAAAGAGCAAAGCGGUUAGUGAGAGAGCAAGGCCAGGAGAGCAGAGAGACUGACUCUUCUGCAACAUGGUCUCUACACCCACAGCCAGGACUUCUGUCUGAAACAGAUCUUUAUGGGAAUAACAAAAACACUGCAGACAAAAGGGAGGAACAUGGGAGAAGAAUAACUGAUAUUGAUACAACAGGAAAAAGCCAGGAGCUCACAAAGAGGGGAACCAGAAGUGUUCACCAGAUGCUGGCAGAUUGCCAUGUGAGGAAGCAUAGUUUCCAACAGAUGAAGGAAGCACAGAGGAAAAAUUCAGAAGAGAUCACAUCCCCCCAGGACCCAAUACCACAGAGCCACACCAGCACAGAGAGCCAGAGAAUGCUGCAGAAAUUGGAUGAGAAUGAGCUUGAAUGGCAGGAAUUCUUGCAGAAAUCCAAGGCAGCAGAUGAGAAGAAACGCUCCCUUGCAAGGCAAGCCAGAGAUGACUACAGAAGGCUUUCACUGCAGGGCAUCCACAGAGGGAAGCAUGCAGGUAUUCCCAAGAGUGCCACAGCAGGAGAUCGGCGACCACUUCAACAUCCGCCUCUUCCUCCCAAGCCUAAACUUCCACCUCCUGCAACAGCAAAUGAGAGAGCAACUAGGAAAGAGGGAGUCCAGAGAACAAUCUCCAAUUCCACAGAAGAAAGCAUCAUCAGGUGGUUCAAAGAGGAGCAAUUCCCUCUCCGAGCUGGCUAUGUGAAAACCACAAACACAAUAGCACCUUGGUUCCAUGGUAUCCUAACCUCUAAGAAAGCAGAAGAGCUUCUGAAUAAAACAGUACGGGGUAGUUUUCUGAUCCGGGUCAGUGAGAAAAUCAAAGGCUACGUACUCUCUUACCGGUCUGUGGAAGGAUGUAAACAUUUCCUCAUUGAUGCCUCCAGUGAUUCCUACAGCUUCCUUGGAGUGGACCAGCUGCAACAUGUAACGCUGGCUGACCUUGUAGACUACCACAAGGAUGAGCCCAUCACUUCCUUGGGAAAGGAGCUGUUGCUUUACCCAUGUGGCCAAGAGGACCAAGAGCCAGAUUACAUCUCUCUCUUUGAGUAA